AUGGCGAGCUCAUCAUCUUGUCGUCUGCUGGGGCUGGCCAGCUUCGUGCUCCUGGCGGCGGCCGCCGGCGCCACGCAGUACAAGGUCGGCGGCGACAAUGGCUGGGCCGUGCCGGCCGCCGCCGCCGAGUCCUUCAACACCUGGGCGGAGAAGACCAGCUUCCAGAUCGGCGACAGCCUCUUGUUCGUGUACCCCAAGGACAAGGACUCCGUGCUCCUGGUGGAGCCGGCGGACUACAACGCCUGCAACACCUCCUCCUACGACAAGCAGUUCGACGACGGCAGCACGUCCUUCGCGCUGGACCGCGCCGGCGCUUUCUUCUUCAUCAGCGGCGUCGAGGCCAACUGCCGCGCCAACGAGAAGCUCAUCGUCAUGGUCGCCGGCAGCGGCGGCGCCAUCGCUCCGGCCCCGGCCGCCCAGCAGGGCUCCGGCUCUCCCUCGCCGUCGACGUCCGCGCCGGCUCCCUCCAGCGGCGGCGCUCCGGUGCCGCCUGCCUCGCCUAAGGCUCCCGCCGCCAAGAACUCCACGGCCAAGGGCGCCCCUCCCGCCGCCGGCAACGACAGCAACUGCGCUGGUGCUGGUGGACUCGCCGUGGCAGGCCUCGUCGCCUCGGUUGCAGGGUGCGUUGCCUACGCCUCGCUUGCCUUCUGA